UCCGAGCCGUUGAUUUGUAUGGGAACCAGGACUAAGGUGGGACGAGCCGACUGAAUGUAGUCCCUGUGUUUGGAAGAAAAGAAACCAGGCCCACAUUUUCCCGUUUGGAGCGAUCGGAGAGUCGCUUUUGUUUUUUUAAUAAGAUACUGUCUGAGGAUACUGAAAGCAGUUUCCAGAAGAAGGUGGAUUCUCCUCUCAGCCAUCUUGACUCGUCGCCCUGAAGCCUGUUUUCUCUCCUCCUCCUCCUCCUCCUCAGCUGAAAGUAAACACGGCUUGCCCAUUGCUUGCAACUCCGCGCAAGACCCCGAGAGGAGCGCGAUGGGCUCGCUGCGCCACAUCUAACCGGACCAGAGUCUAAAAGCACACGGCGGAGAGGAUUUAUUGCUGUUGUUAGCGGAGCAGAAGAAGGGGGACACAACGCGCCGGGGGGAUGGACCUGUUUGGGUUUUACCUGCUCCUCUCGCUGGCUCUCCUGCCCCGAUCCAGCUGCACCACGGCCAAGGAGAUCACCUGCCAGGAGAUAGCCGUGCCCCUGUGUAAGGGGAUCGGCUACAACUACACCUACAUGCCUAACCAGUUUAACCACGACACGCAGGACGAGGCUGGACUGGAGGUGCACCAGUUCUGGCCUCUGGUUGAGAUCCAGUGUUCCCCGGACCUGAAGUUCUUCUUGUGCAGCAUGUACACCCCGAUCUGCCUGGAGGACUAUAAGAAACCUCUACCGCCGUGCCGGAGCGUGUGUGAGAGAGCCCGGGCUGGCUGUGCGCCUCUCAUGAGGCAGUACGGCUUCCCCUGGCCGGACAGGAUGAAGUGUGACCUGCUGCCCGUGCAAGGCAACCCGGACACUCUGUGCAUGGACUACAACAGAACCGACGCCACUACAGUGUCCCCUGUCCUCUCCAAACCCACCAACAAUCCCGGUAAGGGGAACAAUCCACCUAAAAAUAAGCCCAGCCGACCCGGCGCGCCAGGGAAAUACAAGCCGCCCGCCGCCCCAUGUGAGCCGGGGUGCAAGUGUUUGGAGCCUAUGGUGUCGGUGAACACGGACCGUCACCCGCUCUACAACCGGGUCAAAACGGGUCAGAUCACGAACUGCGCCAUGCCGUGCCACAACCCUUAUUUUACGCACGACGAGAGAGCGUUCACCGCCUUUUGGAUAGGACUUUGGUCCGUGUUGUGCUUCGUGUCAACUUUCGCCACGGUCGCCACUUUCCUCAUCGACAUGGAGCGCUUUAAGUACCCAGAGAGACCAAUCAUCUUCCUCUCCGCGUGUUACAUGUUUGUGUCAGCGGGCUACAUUGUCAGACUGAUCGCCGGGCACGAGAACGUGGCGUGCAACCGGGAGUUCGAUGUGGAACACAUCCACUACGAGACCACCGGCCCCGCGCUCUGCACCGUGGUCUUCCUCCUUAUUUACUUUUUCGGCAUGGCCAGCUCAAUCUGGUGGGUCAUCCUGUCUCUGACCUGGUUCCUCGCAGCCGGGAUGAAGUGGGGCAACGAGGCGAUCGCCAGUUACUCCCAGUACUUCCACCUGGCCGCCUGGCUCAUCCCCAGCAUGAAGUCCAUCGCCGUCCUGGCGCUGAGCUCCGUGGACGGAGACUCAGUGGCUGGCAUCUGCUACGUGGGGAACCAGAACCUGGACAACCUGCGGGGCUUCGUUUUAGCCCCUUUGGUGAUUUAUUUAUUCAUAGGCACUAUGUUUCUCCUGGCCGGAUUUGUGUCCCUGUUCAGGAUCCGCAGCGUCAUCAAACAAGGUGGCACCAAAACUGACAAACUAGAGAAGCUGAUGAUCCGAAUAGGCAUCUUCACGGUGCUCUACACGGUGCCAGCCACCAUCAUAGUCGCCUGUUACUUUUACGAGCAGCACAACAGGCAGAGCUGGGAGAUUACGCACAACUGCUCCAACUGUUUGUUGGAGAGGGACCGCAGGAGUCCGGACUACGCCGUUUUUAUGUUAAAGUACUUUAUGUGCCUUCUGGUGGGCAUCACGUCCGGAGUCUGGAUCUGGUCUGGGAAAACUUUGGACUCCUGGAGGACUUUUUGCACCAGGUGCUGCUGGGGCAGUAAAGGCACCAGUGGAUCCAUGUACAGUGACGUGAGCACCGGACUAACGUGGAGAUCAGGAACGGCCAGCUCCGUGUCUUGCCCCAAGCAGAUGCCAUUGUCCCAGGUUUGAAUGAGGGAG